AAACCCGGAAGUUGCGUAAUCGAAUGUGACAUUGGAACAAGAUGGCAGCGGUCGUCCGGACACUCGUGGGAUCGGCAACAAAACUACAAUGGCAGCCAGCCUCUGUCCUCUGCUGCAGAGCAGUCUCCACCACGAUGCCUGCUCAAGAUCCGGCCAUCCCAGCCCCUGUCUCAAAGCCUAAGGGUAACCAGAAGGUGACGAUGAUCCCUGGAGAUGGUAUCGGACCUGAGCUCAUGCACUCAGUCAAGGAGGUGUUCAAACAUGCAUUAGUGCCUGUAGAUUUUGAGGAGAUCCAUGUAAGCGAGGUUCAAGACUGGGGCCAGGACCACCAGGACACUGUGGAAAAGGUCAUCCAGUCAUUUGAACGGACAGGGGUCGGGCUGAAAGGCUUUAUAACCACACCCACACCUACUAAGACAGGCGAGCUUAUGGGUGUAAAUAUGAAACUCAGACGUAGGCUGGACCUAUUUGCCAACGUGGUGCGUGUGAAGAGCAUGCCUGGGCUGAAGACUCGGCACCACAACCUGGACUUUGUCAUCAUCAGGGAACAGACAGAGGGGGAGUACAGCUCCCUGGAGCAUGAGAGUGUUGAUGGAGUUGUGGAGAGCCUGAAGAUCAUCACCAGGGAGAAGUCCCAGCGCAUUGCCAAGUUUGCCUUUGACUACGCCACCAGACACGGGAGGGAGAAGGUCACAGCUGUGCACAAGGCUAACAUCAUGAAAAUGGGUGACGGAAUGUUCCUGCGAUGUUGUGAGGAGGUGUCAAAGCUAUACCCUCGUAUCAAAUUUGAGAACAUGAUCAUAGACAACUGCUGCAUGCAGCUGGUGUCCAACCCGUACCAGUUUGACGUGAUGGUGAUGCCGAACCUGUACGGGAACAUUGUGGAUAACCUGGCCGCAGGGCUGGUGGGCGGGGCAGGCAUCGUGCCUGGGGAAAGCUACAGCCACAGCUAUGCCGUGUUUGAGACUGGAGCACGUCACCCGUUUGCGCAGGCAGUGGGCAGGAACAUCGCUAACCCCACAGCCAUGCUGAUGUCUGCUGCCAACAUGCUCAAGCACAUGCAUCUGGAGUACCAUGGACAGAUGAUCUCUGAUGCAGUAGAAAGGGUGAUCAAGGUUGGGAAGGUUCGGACGAGAGACAUGGGAGGAUACGCAACAACAACAGACCUCACCACUGCCAUCAUAGACAACCUACACAGGGGCAAAUUCAGCAAUUUUGCCUAGUAUUUACUGACAUACCUGUUACUGACAUAAUUGUAUCCUAGGUAACAUUACCAACCAGUAAAGGGGUUUGACUUAAGAAAAAAGGUUUAGCCUUUCCUUUUGGAGAUAGUAAUAGAAAUCAAGAGUUUUCAAUUGAGAAUCUCAAUACUGGAAAGCCCCAGCUUUAUAAAAGAAGUGAAUAUCAUUAAUCACAAAUCUCUACAGAACAGCCAUGUUCAAAGUGCCAUAGUUACAUCCUUUUUCCCUGAAUUUCCCCCUUACUGGUUGUUAUUCAAACAUUUUUCCAAGCAACAUAUGGAGAAGUAACUUAACAAAUACAACUUUAUACUGAAAUGUUUAAAGUAGGAAGGAUUUGUUGUUGAGAUGCUAGACUUGUAUCUUCCAGGUUCGCACGAAGGAUAUGGGGGGCUACGCCACCACCACUGACCUGACCCAUGAGGUGUGUAACAACCUCCGUGUGUGAGGAUCCAGCCACUGGAGCUGACAGACAGCAGGACAGAGAAAAUAUGGCCCUUGGCAAUAAAUACAUAAAACUAUAUCAGUCCACAUAGUAUUGUGCAAAAAGCUGACUUACUUGUGUACAUAUAGGUCAUUGAGAGGUUUUGACAAUGUUUUAUUUGGGUAUUGUGCAAAAUCUAACUUUACUCCCUUUUAUGCGGUGUUAACUUUUACCAUUAAGGCAUUCAAACUAUUUAUACCUUUUAAACACUCUGUACUGUUAUUUAUUCAUCAGAAAAGCAGACACAUCAAUGAAAUAGUUUCUUACGUAUGAAAACAUGUAUGAUGACAUUACGUUUUGAAAUAUAACGUAUGAUAUCGUAUUUUAAGUUGCAGAUAUCGAUACUGCUCAUAUUGUGUGAACCCUCAUGAAUAAGGAAUACGUAUGUCCGCCAGAGGCAAAGUUGUGAACCAUAUCAUUUGUCUCAGAUUUUUUCACCCUUCACAAAUACAGUUGUCUUCUCAGACGUGGCAAAAUGA